GUUUGUUUGUUUUGGUUUCGCAAAACCUUGGCGGUUCUUUCUCGUGCUUUCUUUCUGUUGCUGGUGAAAUAAUUAACGAUGAAUUUCGUUCUACCCGGUGCUAACGUGAAAAUGCUGGCACGUGCUGUCAACUGCUUCUCCAAAAUCGGCAACGAGCUCUACUUCGAGGCCACCCCGGACGGGCUCGAUCUGAAAACGAUCAACUCCACCAACACGGCCUACGCGGUCGUACAGUUGCGGCGCGACUUUUUCAUCAGCUUCCAGCAGGGCAGCUCGGACACGCCGGAUGAAAACUGCUGCAAGAUAUCGGUCAAACCGAUACUGAAGAUUUUCAAGAGCCUCGCCACGAUACAAACGUGCAAAAUUUGGCUGGAGGUAAACCAGUCGAAGAUCAUAUUCCAGUUCCGCUGCAAGUCGGACGUACUGAAGACGCACAAAAUCUUUCUCCUCGAAAGCGAACACAUCAACUCGCUCAAUCUGUCCCAAACGUUCCCGAGCGAGAUCGUCGGCAAUCACAAAGUGUUCACCAACAUCCUGGUGCAUCUGUACCACUCGGUCGAUGAAAUUUCGUUCGACCUGAACGAGGGCAAAACGAUCGUCUCCAACUACGUCGACAACGAGCAGGCCGAUCGUUCCACGCUCCGCUCGACGCUCUCGAUCGAUUCGUCCGCCUUCCAGGCGUACCAGCUGGCCGACAAGGCGAACCUUAUCUUUUGCUACAAAGAGUUCAAAGCGAUCACGAUGUUUGCCGCACUGAACAAGCUGAACGUGCGCAUGAGCUUUUCCGCGCCCGGCUCACCGCUCAUGCUGGAGAUGAGCAAGGCCGAGGUGGUGCAUGCCAAGUUCAUCAUGGGCACGAUGAAACCCUCCGCCCAGCUGACCAGCCGUCGGGCCCAUCGGCGAAAAGCGAUCGAUCGCAACGCGUCCAACCGCUCCGUUGCUAUGGACAGUGAAGCAAUCAACACGUACCUAACCGAAGACAUUACCAGCGAUGGUAACGAUGGCAACACGGCAGCAUCGCAAGCUAACGCCCAGCGGGUCGUCGGUUCGUCGCAGAACGUCGUUUCCCAACCGAAUACUACACCACACCGUGCCAAUAGUGUGCUACGCAACGAAACGGACGGCAAUGCGGUAAUGCGCAGCGAACGUACGCACCAACCCGCGGAAGGGAGCUCGGUUCGCCUGCUGCGACCAUCACGGUUAAGUGCGGUCGCACCAAGUGUCUCCCCCGCUGGUGCACCCUCCUCCGAGGCGCUGUUCGGGCUGGAAAAGCACACGGAAAAUCUUCCCUUCCUCGAGGGCUUAAAUUUUCCACAGCAAACUACAAACGCGCAGCCGCUCGACCGACUCGACUCGAUACCGACCCUGACGGAUGAUUCGUUUUCCAUCCCGGCAAACAACCGACCAGCGUCGCCGCCAAGGAUCGAACAGGCCGCCAGCAAUCUGUCCGCCGUACGGAGCACCGAUUCCAUGUUUUCCCGCAAACGACCCCAGGCGGAAAGUUCACCACCCCGGCACGAACCAACGACGACACCGGGUGAUGGGCGCAGGCAGGCAAAACCGGCCGACGACAGUGUCCCCGAGUCACCGGACGUGAUUGAGGAGCGAAAGCGAAAGCAGGCCAAGCUGCGCCACAUCUUCCGACGCUGCUUCGAGCCAACGUUCAAUCCCGCCUUUCAGCCCGGCUGUAGCCAACUCUUUGCGCCCAACUCGGACUCCGAGGAGGAGGAGGAGGGACAGGACAACACGAGCACGUGAGCUCCGUACCGCUGGGGCCACAUGAUUCGGACGUAAAGGUACAGGACAGCAGCCAAAACAACAACAAAAAAACUCGAAACUCGCACACGCCCACCGCAAGAAGGACGGGAGUGUGUUGGGUGCUUUGUUUUUACAAUCUCUCGCGUCCGUUUUGUUCGUUUCUUUUUUAUUUGAGUCCUUUCGUACUUGUGUAACAUGUGGUCUUGUAUGUGUACGUGUUCUACUGUUGAGCAAUGUCUGCGGCUAUCACUUUCUUUUGGUUCACACG